UUUGUCCCUUGUCAACCAGCGUAUAAACAUUAGCUCUCAUUGUAUCAGCAGUACUUCACUAAGAUAAACAUUCUAGUUAGCGCUCCUUUAUUUCAAAUAAUAUUAACCAUUUUACAAUGAAACCAAAAUCUGGAUUAACGAGGUUCUAUAACUGUUAUAUUCUUCGUGAUAGUAAAAUAAUUAAGGAAGAUUUGUGGAUAAGAGACGGCAAAAUCGAGAAUCCUGAACAGGUAUUUUAUGUGGAGCAACUACAAGCCGAUGUAACUGUAAACUGCGAAGGACUGCUGAUUGCCCCAGGGUUCAUUGACAUACAGAUCAAUGGUGGUUGGGGUGUGGACUUUUCAUAUGACUCAGAGAAUGUUAAGGAAGGAUUAAGGAAAGUCUCAAAAGAGCUGUUGGCUCAUGGGGUGACCUCAUUCUGUCCUACAAUGGUCACGUCUGAUGUGGACAAAUAUCGUAAAAUCCUGCCUCUUAUAAAGAAGACUGAUGGAGGCAAGCAUGGAGCCACCAUUCUUGGUUUGCAUUUAGAAGGCCCAUUUAUUAAUUUGGCUAAAAAAGGUGCUCAUGUGGAGGAGUUAAUUAGGAUACCUGAAAAUGGUAUAAAGACAAUAGAAGAAGUUUAUGGAUCAUUAGAUAAUGUUGUUAUAGUCACUCUUGCCCCAGAGUUAGCUGGUGCUACUGAGGCAAUUAAGGAACUGGCAGAUAUGGGCAUCAGGGUAGCAUUAGGCCAUUCCACUGCUAGUUUGGCUCAAGGAGAAGAAGCUGUUGAAUGUGGAGCCAAUCUAAUCACACAUUUGUUCAAUGCUAUGCUUCCUUUCCAUCAUCGUGACCCUGGUCUGGUUGGUUUACUAGCUUCGACUACGCAAAAACAAGUUUUCUAUGGGAUCAUAUCUGACGGGAUUCAUACCCAUCCCGCCGCAUUGCGAAUCGCAAGCAGGACAAACCCAGAAGGUUUAGUUCUAGUAAGCGACGCAGUAGCCGCUCAAGGUCUCGCUGAUGGGAACUAUCACAUAGGUCCGCAGCAUGUCACGGUAGAGGGUGGCCGUGCUUACGUCACCGGGACUAAAGUCCUCUGUGGCAGUACUACUGCGCUGGAUGCGUGUGUCGCAACGUUAAGGAAAUCUUUAGAUUGCUCUUUGGAAUAUGCCUUAGAAGCGGCUUCCCUUCAUCCCGCUAAAGCUUUGGGUAUUGACAACAGAAAGGGCAGACUCAACUUCGGCUGUGACGCUGACUUUGUUAUGCUUCAUCCCGAUAAAAUCAAAAUCGAGUCGACUUGGAUUGCGGGUGAAUGUGUUUAUAAAUGUAACAAAAUGUGAUAAUAAUUUGUAAGGGUCUGACCAAGAUAUUUAAUAUUUUCAUUUAUUAUUUGCUGUACAAUGUGAUUAUGUAAUGAAAUCAUUGUUACCAUUUUUUAUGUAUAAGUUAUCAAUAAAUGACCAUGUGCAACGUGUUUCACAUAAAAUGAAAAUAAA